AUUAUAGGUGUAUAUUCUGGGUCAGCACACUAUAGCCGUUUUCUAUGUAUUUUUCUCGACGCGUUUCCGCAGAAGUGAAAGCUAGGUCUGUUCGCGGGAGGUGUGACUGAAGCUUUGGUUUCAUCUGUGUGUUCUGGAGAGGACUUCAGCUCAUAAACACCACCUGUUUCAACCACUCUAACCCCAACUGGAUUUCUGGUUUCACUUUGAGGAUCUCCUGAUGAAGAUGAAAUGAAGACCAAAGUAGAACCAGCUGUUCUAAAGCAUGUCUCCUUCAGCGAGGCUCCGUCUCAAACGUCCAGCGCCGACUCCAGCGCUCCGCAGGCCUCAGUAAAUCAGGUGGAGACGGACAUUAAAAAGAUGAACAUAAAGGAUCCGGGCGAAGGAUCAUCUGUCCCUCGCCAUCUCAACGAAAGACCAACAAACCAAGAUCCUUGUGAGUCGGGAUACUUUCUCAAAACAUCAGAGAGAUGUAAAAAAGCUCCGUACAGAGGUUUGCUCAAUCAAGGGGCGACCUGUUUUCUGAACGCAGCCUUGCAGGUGCUCUUCAUGACCCAAGAGUUCAGAGACAGAGUGCUGCGAGCUCCCAGGAGCACAAGUGAGAGAUUAGAGUCAGCAUUAAAGAAACUAUUUGAGGAGCUGAGCCAUCAGGACCCAGACGCCCCGAGCGUCUCAACCAAAGGAGUGAUCCAGGCCCUUGGUAUAGAGAGAGUCUAUGAGCAGCAGGACGCUGUGGAAUACUUCCUAGACAUCCUAGAGAAAGUAGGCUUUAAUUUGGCCGAGGUCUUUAGAGGAACUAUGAGGAAUCUCAGAAGAUGUUCAAGAAAUCACGAGUCCUAUGAUGACAGUGACUUCAAAUCGAUCCAGAUCUCUCUGAACACCAGAGAUGGGCCGUACACACUAGAAAAUGGAGUUGAAUCGUAUUUUGCUUCUACAAAAUUAGUUGGAGACGACCAGAUGUACUGUGAAGAGUGCGAUGAGAAGAGUGACACAAUAUGGAGUUGUGAAAUCAGCGAGUAUCCAGCGGUUCUGGCUUUGCACCUGAAGAGGUUUGUGUAUGACUACUGUUCGAACAGGUUUGUGAAAAACCACUGCCCCAUGGACGUACCGCUUCAGUUACGUCUUCAGCAGGAGUACUGGCUCUAUGCCGUGGUCAACCACAGGGGGAGCCGUUACGGAGGUCACUACACCGCCGACAUCCUCGCUCCUGAAGACAACAAGUGGUUCUGUUUCGACGACAGUCGGGUCACAGAGACCAAUGAGAGCAAACUGAAAGGGUCUAGAGAAGCCUACUUGCUGUUGUACCAGAAAACGUACAGUCCUGCAGGUUAUGAGACGAGGAAGGACACCCUGAGGUCUCAAGCUGAUUCCACAGAUCCCAGAACUGGACAGCUAAUGAAGCUAACAGAGCUAACAAAGCAAACGGUGCUUACAAAGCUAACAGAGCCAACGGAACCAAUGGCGCUAACAGAGACAAUAGAGCCAACAAAGCUAACGGAGCUUACAAAGCUAACAGAGCCAACGGAGUCAAUGGUGCUAACGGUGCCAAUAGAGCCAACAAAGCUAACAGUGCUAACAAAGCCAACAGAGCCAACGGCGCUAACAGAGACAACAGAGCCAAUGGCGCUAACAGAGCCAACAGAGUCAACAAAGCUAACAGUGCUAACAGAGUCAACGGCGCUAACAGAGCCAACAGAGCCAAUGGCGCUAACGAAGCCAACAGAGCUAACAGAGCCAACGGCGCUUACGGAGCCAACAGAGCCAACAAAGCAAACAGUGCUUACAAAGCUAACAGAGCCAACGGAGCCAAUGGCGCUAACGAAGACAAUAGAGCCAACAAAGCUAACGGAGCUUACAAAGCUAACAUAUCCAACAGAGUCAAUGGCGCUAACUGAGCCAAUAGAGCCAACAAAGCUAACAGUGCUAACAAAGCCAACAGAGCCAACGGCGCUAACAGAGACAACAGAACCAAUGGCGCUAACGGAGCCAACAGAGCCAACAAAGCUAACAGAACCAAUGGAGCUAACAGAGCCAAAAGCGCUAAAAGAGCCAACAGAUCCAAUGGCGCUAACAGAGCCAAUAGAGCCAACAAAGCUAACGGUGCUAAUAAAGAUAACAGAGUCAACAGUGCUAACAGAGCUAACAGAACCAACGGAGCCAAUGGCACUAACGCCGCUAACAGAGCCAACAAAGCUAAUGGAGCUAACAGAGCUAGCGUUAUGUGAGUCAGGGACAGCGUCUCCAGCUGGCAGCAGGAAGUGCUCUGAAGGACAUAGUGCUUCAUCAGUUGAACGGGUGGAGGACGUGGAAGAGGCCCAGAUGAAAAGUGAAGCAGAAACCAGCAGAGCAGAGGAGCGUGGCGGAGCUCAUGAUAAAAAAGAUCUUAAAGACUGGAUGUGUUUCUCGGUGUCUGCCGUGACGAGGCGUCUGAGGAUCCUUGUUCUGAGCCGGACAGAGAGCCACAAGAACACUGUGGAAGAGAUGAUCCUGAGACACGCUGGGUUCUCUUCUCAACCACAGCUGUACUGUGAUGAAAGCCUCAAGGACUCUCUAGAAGUGUGUCGUCCCGGUCCACACGUGAUCCUCUGGGUGACCCCGUUAGAGAUGAACCAGAAAGAUAUCCAAGCGUUUAAAAAAGUCUACAGGUUUCUGGGAAGAACAGCCAGAAGAUAUAUCAUGAUCGUCUUCAUCAGUGAGGGCCGUCCCUCGGAAAGCAGCAAAAAUACAACACGCAAAUAUAGGCCCAUAAAAAACUCUCUCGUUCUUGACAUUAGCGCACACCUGUCUGACCAGGCCAAAAACCUUUUUUACAAACUGAAAAAGACUGCAUAUAAGAACCCCAGGAUGCCGUAUUAUGACAAUAAACCACGGAAAGUAAGACAUAAGAAGACAAAGAAAAAAAAGCAUGAAAGGGAAAGAGCCAGAAAAUCCAAACUGCGAUCAAAUCAUGGAGAGAGAGAGAGAAGAAAACAGUCAUAAAAAUAAAGCGUGUGCAAAACAUACACAUUUAAAUAACUUAAAUACCAUUCGUGAAUUGCAUUUUUUCCAUAUCGGGGUGUACUGUGUUAAGUGUUGUAUCCUUUCUCCUGUGUGUGACGUGGGACUGUCAGAGAUACUGAGAUCCUCCUGAAGAGAGUCCUUUACUGCUCUCCUCAACAUCUGCACUGUAUAAAGCUCUGUGUAAAUAAAGGUGACGUGCUGAAGAAGUG